AUGGGCUCAACCACCCUCAUCCGCGGGUUCAAAAUCUCAGUCGCAACGUUGGAUGCCUUCCUUCGUGCCAACAACGUUUACGAAACGUACGGAACGCCGCCCUUCUACAAACGCCAUCCAGACGAGGACCCUAUCUCCAAACUCCUCUUCUCCAAGAUCUCCCAGCACGACUCGGACGCCGAUAAGAACAAGUUCCGCGUGCUUAUCCCUCUCGUUGAGGGCGCCGGCCGUUGCACGACAGCAUAUGUCGCCUAUGCAUGGGCUGGGGUGCUGGCACACCGCGAGAUCAAGUUAGACGAGGACCUUCCGGCCGAGCUUCCUAAGGGCUUUGAGGAGUUGCGGCAGGAGAUUCUGGGGUAUGGAAAGGAUGUUGCCGAUGGGGAGAAGAUUGCAGAUGAGGGGAAGCUGGGGUUGUAUAUGGUGGUCACGUACGAAAUUCGCGGCGAUUACGGGGACGCGUUGGAUCAUACCGAGAGCACGUAUUAG